AUGUCUACUACUUACACAGAGUUGACAAACACAUUGAAAAAGUAUGAACCAAUUCACUUCUCCUUCAUCCGCUCGGCGCUCAGGUCUCACCUAUCACAGUUCACUUCUCACGCCGCCCCGACUCGCUUCGCCUCGCCGCAGCGCCUCCACCUCAACCUCCUUAAGUCGCCGUUUUACGACCUCACAGCCUCGCCUAAGUCGCCGCUUCCUCCUCGGCUCUCGCCACUCACAGCCCCACAGCACCACCAUAAAUCGCUUGCAGACUCCAGAGAGCCGACUUUAGGUGUUAGCCUUUGGCAGACCUUCAAAUGUAGUCUGCGUGUAGCGCGUUUAAUUAAUUUUUCUCACAGCUUCGUCGUGCAGAGGAAAAACGUGAAGAAGCAGAAGCCAGAGUCCGGGAGUUGGAGAAACAGUAGAGGGAGCAAUUGGUUUGAGGAAGGAAUGUUAAUUGGGAAAGCUGCUAACAAAAGAGAAAAUGAAGUAUAUCGUUGA